AUGACAAAUCUGACACGGGCGCUCUCCUUCUCCACGCUGACAGGAAACAGUCGCCGGGUGUCAGUGCCUGAUCUGAUGGAUGUGGACGGCAGGAGGAGGCGCCACGCAAACACCGACAGGUGGAAAGACUUCAUCACUGUUAUCAAGAUGACUUCAGAGGAGAGAGGGAGAGAAGAGGAGGAACAGAGGAGAGAGGGAGAGAAGAGGAGGAACAGAGGAGAGAGGGAGAGAAGAGGGGGGAACAGAGGAGAGAGGUCGAGAUGAGAAUAUAAAGAGGAGAGAGGGAGAGAAGAGGAGGAACAGAGGAGAGAGGGAGAGAAGAGGAGGAACAGAGGAGAGAGGGAGAGAAGAGGGGGAACAGAGGAGAGAGGGAGGGAUGAGGAGAGAGGGAGAGAAGAGGAGGCAGAGGAGAGAGGGAGGGAUGAGGAGGAACAGAGGAGAGAGGAGAGAGGGCGAGAUGAGAAGGUACAGAGGAGAGAGGGAGGGGAUAAGGAGAGAGGGAGAGAAGAGGAGGAACAGAGGAGAGAGGGAGAGAAGAGGAGGAACAGAGGAGAGAGGGAGAGAAGAGGGGGAACAGAGGAGAGAGGGAGGGAUGAGGAGAGAGGGAGAGAAGAGGAGGAACAGAGGAGAGAGGGAGAGAAGAGGGGGAACAGAGGAGAGAGGGAGGGAUGAGGAGAGAGGGAGAGAAGAGGAGGAACAGAGGAGAGAGGGAGGGAUGAGGAGGAACAGAGGAGAGAGGAGAGAGGGAGAGAAGAGGAGGAACAGAGGAGAGAGGGAGAGAAGAGGGGGAUCAGAGGAGAGAGGGAGAGAAGAGGGGGAUCAUAGGAGAGAGGGAGAGAUGAGAAGGAGAGAGGGAGAGAAGAGGGGGAUCAGAGGAGAGAGGGAGAGAAGAGGAGAGAGGGAGAGAAGAGGUGGAUCAGAGAAGAGAGGGAGAGAAGAGGGGAAUCAGAGGAGAGAAGGAGGGAUGAGAAUGUACAGAGGAGAGAGGGAGGGAUGAGAAUGUACAGAGGAGAGAGGGAGAGAAGAGGAGGAACAGAGGAGAGAGGGAGGGAUGAGGAGGAACAGAGGAGAGAGGGAGAGAAGAGGAGGAACAGAGGAGAGAGGGAGAGAAGAGGGGAUCAGAGGAGAGAGGGAGAGAAGAGGAGGAACAGAGGAGAGAGGGAGGGAUGAGGAGGAACAGAGGAGAGAGGGAGAGAAGAGGAGGAACAGAGGAGAGAGGGAGAGAAGAGGGGAUCAGAGGAGAGAGGGAGAGAAGAGGAGGAACAGAGGAGAGAGGGGGAGAAGAGGAGAACAGAGGAGAGAGGGAGGGAUGAGGAGGAACAGAGGAGAGAGGGAGAGAAGAGGAGGAACAGAGGAGAGAGGGAGAGAAGAGGGGGAUCAGAGGAGAGAGGGAGA